AUUUAUUUUAAGUAAAGAAGCGAAGGAAAGCCAGAAGUGGAUUAGAUUCGAACCAACGAGCUAGCGCAGAUCCAUCUUCGUCCACUUCCCCCAAAAAAUAAAAAAUAAAAAAUAAAAAAAUAAAAAAAAAUCCCGUUUCCCUAGAAAUCCGUACAUGGUCUGGUGUUGAUCGUCAUCGCGCGUGAGAUGUACAACCCCGCGGCGGCGAGCAGGAGCGUCCUGGCGUCGCGCACGAGUUCGCGGUCGGUGACGGAGACGGUGAACGGCUCCCACAAGUUCGUGAUCAAGGGCUACUCUCUGGCGAAGGGAAUCGGCGUCGGAAAGCACAUCGCCAGCGAGACUUUCACCGUCGGAGGCUACCAGUGGGCCAUCUACUUCUACCCCGACGGCAAGAACCCCGAGGACAACUCCGCCUAUGUCUCCGUCUUCAUCGCGCUCGCUUCCGAGGGCACCGACGUUCGCGCGCUCUUCGAACUCACGCUGCUCGACCAGAGCGGCAACGGCAAGCACAAGGUCCAUAGCCACUUCGAUCGCUCGCUCGAGAGCGGCCCCUACACUCUCAAAUACCGCGGCAGCAUGUGGGGGUAUAAGCGGUUUUUCAAACGGGCUCAACUCGAGGCGUCGACUUUCCUCAAGGAUGAUUGCUUGAAGAUAAACUGCACUGUUGGUGUGGUGGUGUCGUCCAUUGAUUGUUCUAAGUUAAACACGAUAGAAGUUCCUGAGUCUGAUAUUGGGGCGCAUUUCGGGAUGCUGUUAGAGAAUGAGGAGGGGUCGGAUGUUACUUUCUCUGUAGGUGGAGAAAGGUUUCAUGCGCAUAAGCUUGUUUUGGCUGCCCGGUCAACUGCAUUUGAAACCGAGUUUUUUAAUGGGAUGGAGGAAGAUGAUCGUGACAUAGUUGUUACUGAUAUGGAACCUAAGGUUUUCAAGGCUUUGCUUCAUUUUAUUUAUAGAGACUCUCUUAUUGAUGAUGAAGAGCUCUUUACGUCACGAUCGUCUUCGUCAUUCUUGCCUUUGGUGUCUGAAUCAUUUGCAGCGAAGUUGUUAGCUGCUGCAGAAAAGUAUGGUUUGCCAAGACUUAAACUGAUGUGCGAGUCUGUACUUUGCAAAGACAUAUCUAUAGAUUCUGUUGCCUAUAUUCUGGCUCUUGCUGAUCGUUAUCAAGCUACAGAAUUGAAGUCUGUCUGUCUGCAAUUUUCUGCUGAAAACCUUGUUGCUGUGAUGCAAUCUGAUGGAUUCGAGUAUCUCAAGGAAAAUUGUCCAUUGCUGCAAUCAGAAUUGCUAAAGACUGUGGCAGGAUGCGAGGAGGAAUUUAGUGGAGAAGGAAAGUGUAGAAGUGUGUGGGCCCAGUUUUCUGAUGGUGGUGACACCAAUGAUAGGAGUGUAAGACAACAAACCUGGGAAAAUGGAGUCGAAAGAAGUCAAAGCUUAUGGGUUCACCUUUCUGAUGGUGUUAACAACAAUGAUAGGAGUCCAGGGCAAGAAGCUUGAGAAGGGAUUCCGUUGGGACAAGGAAACGGUCAUUGGUACAAGACCAGCCUGCAGGGAUUCCAUUGCAAGCCGCAUUUUUUCUUUUUCUUUUCGGGGGGAACUGGUUAAGAAUAGCAGAUUAAUCUUGUAACCAUAGUGAUGUAUCUUUCAACACCAAUGGGUGCUAGCAGGUAGCAAGUUAACAAAAUGACAUGAAGGGACAAAACAGUAUCUAGUUGAACAUUGGUUGUAUCUAGAACUUUUCUUAGGGUGGGAGGUUGUCCACCCUGGUUAGUGAACACAGGACAUUUCAUGCACGAUUGAUGUAGUUUUACACCGUGGGAAUCUUCAUCCUUGUGAAUUGUGAAGCA